AUGACCAUUGACUACUUGUUGACAUCGCCUUCGUCGCUGAGGUUCUCCGAUUUCAUCUCUUCGUUUUCCCAAGAUACGGACCACAAAUGGCUUCGCUUCUCACCGAAACUCGGCGGUGCGAGGAGGCUGACGACGACGAGGGUAACCUGCGGCGCGAUUUCGUCAAGGAGAAAACUUGCUGAGAGAGAGAGCGCGGAGAGAGAGAACAGAGUGCUCGUACGGAGUCUGAUGUCGAGAAUCAGUGACAGAGAGCCAUUGGUGAAGACGCUUGACAAGUACGUCAAGGUCGUAAGAUGUGAGCAUUGUUUCUUACUCUUUGAAGAGCUUGGGAAGAGCGACAAGUGGCUUCAAUGCCUCGAGGUGUUCAGGUGGAUGCAGAAGCAGCGUUGGUAUAUCCCAGAUAACGGAGUGUACUCGAAACUGAUAUCCGUGAUGGGGAAAAAGGGCCAAACCCGUAUGGCAAUGUGGCUCUUCUCCGAGAUGAAAAACAGCGGUUGUCGUCCUGAUGCGUCUGUUUACAACGCCCUCAUAACAGCUCAUCUCCAUACACGGGACAAGGCUAAAGCUUUGGAGAAAGUCCGAGGAUAUUUCGACAAAAUGAAAGGGAUGGAGCGUUGUCAGCCCAACGUCGUGACUUACAACAUCCUUUUGAGGGCUUUUGCUCAGUCGGGUAAAGUAGACCAAGUGAACGCUCUGUUCAAAGAAUUGGACAUGAGCGCUGUUUCUCCAGACGUCUACACUUUCAACGGUGUUAUGGAUGCGUAUGGGAAGAACGGGAUGAUCAAGGAGAUGGAGUCUGUGCUUACUCGUAUGAGGAGUAACGAGUGUAAGCCAGAUAUCAUCACCUUUAAUUUGCUUAUUGAUUCCUAUGGUAAGAAGCAAGAGUUUGAGAAGAUGGAGCAGACUUUCAAGAGUCUGAUGCGGUCCAAGGAGAAGCCGACUCUGCCUACGUUCAAUUCGAUGAUUAUAAACUACGGGAAAGCUCGCCUGAGGGAUAAGGCAGAAUGGGUUUUCGAGAAGAUGAAUGAUAUGAACUACACUCCCAGUUUCGUCACGUAUGAGUGCAUGAUCAUGAUGUACGGUCACUGUGGCUCUGUUUCCAGAGCAAGGGAUAUAUUCGAGGAGGUUGUUGAAUCGGAAAGGCUUUUGAAGGCUUCAACACUCAAUGCACUGCUCGAAGCGUACUGCCUUAAUGGUCUUCACAUGGAAGCAGAUAAGCUUUUCCACAACGCAAGUGCUUUCCGUGUUCAUCCAGAUGCAUCCACGUAUAAGCUGCUAUAUAAGGCAUACACUAAGGCAGAUAUGAAGGAGCAUUUGCAGCUGCUGAUGAAGAAAAUGGAGAAAGAUGGAAUUGUACCUAACAAGAGAUUCUUCUUGGAGGCUCUUGAAGUUUUCGGGUCAAGACUACCUGGUUCGGAUUCAGAAAAAAGGAAAUCAACCGGUUCGAGCAAGCCACGGGACAGUGGAAAGGAAUUGACUGAAUGUACCAAAAUAAAGAUGUGA